AUGGAGCCUCUUUCAUCAACUCAAGACCCUCUGGAGCUAGCUAGCACCGUGCUGCUCGCUUCGACCACUCCAGCCGCCUCGGUCGCUCUACACGCCUCUCUAACAGCCGGGCAAGCGGUGCGGAGCUACGCUGCUGUCCACUUUGAAGGCCCAUCCCCAACCUUUUCGGACAUCAAGAGCGUCCCAGCAGCCGUCCCACCUCCACCAAAUGCUGGCGGCGUGCGCGGGGGGCGGGCCUCAUAUGCUGCUCAGCAGGGGCUCGAUGAGUUCGUCUUUGACUAUGGGCUCGCCUUUCAACUGCGUCAAACGGAGGCCUUUGCUCGGAACGGGUUCGGCACUGCCUGCAUGGGGAGCACGUGCCUUGGGAAGAACCCGAUCUAUGCCCGAGGUCAAGAGCCUUUCAUUUGGGAGCGGAAGCGCAACCGAGGUGGGGCGGUCAUCUGCCCUGGCGCUGGGGGGCAUCUCUUGUGCAUCCGUUGUGUUGAGGCCGAGUACGUCGGAGGACGGCCCUUUGUAUCGAAGAAGACGGGAUGCGCCAUCCCUCAACGGGACCUGUUCGCGAAAUUCGAGGUCUUUCCUGAGAGGAAUGACCUGCGCCAGGCACGAUCAGGGGAGGCGGCUACAGAGGGUGGGCACCACUUCUUCGUCCAACGAAGAGACCUCGCGCCUUGCACGUAUUGCACCGAGCCGAAGGCAACUUCUAAGCGUGGAAUUAAGAGGGGGCUCGAAGAAGGGCCGGCGCCAUUGGAGCUUGGGCGGAUGGCCAUCCUGGCGGAGCUCGCUCGAAGCAAGAUUCCACCAAUGGCCAUUGCCCCUGGCCUCUUCUUGGUACCACAGUUGGCCUCAGACGGGCGCCUUUUGGACGUUUCAAUGACAGACAAGGGGCUCGUGAACGUGCCGCGGCUCGUUAAGAUCGACCAUACGGGGAAAACUGCGUGCGUGUGCGGGCAGAGGGCGUGCAGAGAUCAUGAGACGAGCUUCCUCGAAGAGACUCGUUUGUUGAACGGCUGGUGGCAAGGAGGGCUUGCCAACUUCACCUCCUUCAACGAAAGUCGGUCCUUUGUGCACGAAGUCACAAGAGGAGGCGUGCAGUGGGUGUUGCCGUUAGAUCAAUGGGGGCGUGUUGGGACGCCUCUCUACGGACUAGACGCAGAGGCGUGGGGUGGCGGUCCACAACUUCGCGUCUUUGUCGUGUGUGAUCGGGGAGAGCAGCCUGUACUUUGCGUGCUGGGGGGCAAGAGUACGCACUGUAGCCACGUGGACUGCAAUGGUGCGGACCGGUGCCGACACCUCUCGAGGGUGCUCUCAGAGUUGGCAACGUCUGGACUUGAGGGCCCCGUUGCAGAUGGUGCACACAAUGGGAAGGGCCCGACUCUCACCAAGAGGCGAGCAGAGAGGCAGGAGCAACGAGAGGCGGGAGCGAGGAAGCUCCUGGUCUGCAACCACCCUGUGUGCCGACGGCCUGAUUUCAAGGGCGCGUGCACGCAUCAAGCUACCCUCGAGCUGUGGGAGUGCUCUUCUGCUGCUGCUCUCGAUAUGGGCCACAGCCACAAGAAGGUCAACACGGUCAUGAGCCAAGGGGGGGUGGCUGUCACCAGCCUCUGCGAGCGCUGGGGAGAGGAAGGGGUCAGGCAACGGGACCAGGUCCAACACUUUUGCGGCCCCAGACCUUGCAAUCCUUGGGCGCCGUGCGGUCAACCUUGGCAACUCGAGAGCAGAAAAGGAGGGCUCACAAUGGCCGGCGCGCGCUACGAGGUCACCACGUACCGACGGGUUUGCCGCAUCGCUCCAGGGCGUGAGGCGGCGUGCUGUUCACUAGCUUACGAUGGACAGGAAGAUGGCAUCUUCAACUUCUCGGGCCACACCCUGAUCUCCCACGGCCUCCUCCUUCGCAACCACUUUGGUGCGGCCCUUGGUGCAAGCCACUCGCUCAACUUCGAUGCAUCCGACAUGGCUACGCGGUGCCUCGAAGGGUCAGACGUGCCCAGGCUGGACGAUCGGGUCUUUGAUGCGGCCAUGCAAGCCUUCAACGACCUAGCUGCACGCUCGCGCAUCCAGCACGUCUGCUCACGUGCCAACUGCACGCACCUCUACACAUCAGAGGUGGAGGCGGCCGAAGCGGAGGCUCGAAAAGCUGGCAGCCCUCUCAGAGCGCAGCGAAUGGAGGGGCCAAGCUCCGACCUGUCAACCUAUGCCUUCGGCCGGGACAAGGUUCAUCACUUUCGAUGGGACCUUUUUUGCCAACUCGAGCGCCAUGCGCGACAGCUCGGAGGCCUCGCUGCAUAG